GCUGCCUUCUUGCACAUCCGCAGCGAACGCGCAAUAAAAACAACCACGGAAUAAGAUGGCCGCCAAGCAGGGCCUCUCGGCCCAGAUCAGCCAGGCCAGCGAGGACGCCAAGCGCGGGUUCCUGGAGCGCACGAGCCUGACGAAAAGCCUCUGGUUCUCCAAUCUGAACACGACGUGCACCAUCAAAUCGGCGCCUCCCCGGACCCCGGCCGUCCUGGGGAUGCUCGCCAACAAGAGUGGGUGGCUCUUCAAGCGCAACGAGCAGCACAUCUGGCAGGCCCGGUAUUGCUGCGUGGUCCCGCACACCUUUCUGUACUACUUCGACCAGCACCCGACGAAUCCCUGCCAGACGCCCCAGCUCACUUCCAAGCAGCAGGAACAACUCAACAAAAUCGUCCGGGAGGGCUUUGGAAAACGGGGGCAGUCCCAGCCGCGGUCCUCUCUCUACAACGUGCUCGGUGCGGCGGCCGCCGGGGGGGGAGGCGUCUCGGGGGGCGGGGGCAACGAGGACGGCGAGGCCGCAGAGCAGCAACCCGACGACGGAAAUGCCAUCGCUACCCCGGUUGCGGGAGCGGCGGCCAGCAGCGCGGGCAGUUCGAGCACCGUACAGCCGGCGGGGAUCAUCGACAUGGAAUGCUACACCACCAUCCACCGGUCGUCCCAGAACGAGCUGGUCAUGGAACUGGCGGGGGACGAGACGGUCAAUCCCGACCUGAGGAGCUUCUACUUUUGUGCCAACACGGAUCUGGAGGGCGAGGAAUGGACCAAGGCGCUCCUCAACCAGCGCCAUUCCUCCCUGGUGGACGAGCGUGAGGCCUACAAGCAGGUCUGCGACGGCUUUUCGCAGCAGCUGCAGAUCCUGCACACGGAACUGGACCAGGCCCAGAGACAGGCGGAGAACCAGCAGGACGAGCUCUACCGGGUGCGGAGCCAGAUGGAGGACACCCGCCGGAACUCGCUUCGGCUGGUCGGCGAGAUCAUGUCCUCCGAAAACGCCAGCAUCAGCAACUCCACGCGGCAAACCAAGAAGGCCUACUGCACGGACCUGGAGACCAUCCGGGCCCAGGACCUUGGGAUCCUGCCGGCGGUCCAGCUCCUGGGAGACUACACCCGGGUGCUGGAAGAAGCCUGCAGCGACAGCGGCCAGAAAAUCUCCAACCUGGAGGAGAAGCUGGUAUCCAAGCAGGACGUCGACACGACGAAGGUCAAGGAGCUGGAGGCCCGGAUCGAGGCACUGAAGAAAGAACACAACCAGAAGCUGGCAUCGGUUCGGUCUCAGAUGGAGACGCUCUCGCAGAAACUCGUUCAGUCCCAAAAGGAAUGUCAGGACGUCCAGAAGGACCUUGCGUCCCAGAGGAUGGAGAUGACCAUGCACCAGUCGUCGACCAGGACCAAGCUGGGUUCCCUACAGUCGCACAAGAAGAUCCUAAAGAAGGAGGUCAUUGAGCUGAGGAAGAAACUGGAGGAGAGCAACAGCGAGCUCGACAUGUACCGGCACCGAGAGUCUUCCAACAAGCUCAAGGUGGAACAGGAGCGCCAGAAAUCCAAGCUCCUGGAGCGCUACGUGGACAAGAUCGAGUCGCAGGUCAAGGUCCAGCAGAACAUGAUGGAAAUGAUGUCCCAGGCAGGAAGCGUCUACGGCGGCGGUUCCGUGUACGGGGGAAGCCAGUUUGGAUCGCUGAAUCCGUCCUCGCCACCGAUCGUGGUUCGAACCGGUGGCAGCGUGAGCGGCAGCAUCGCCAAGCAGCAGCAGGUGGCCUCCCCCGGCAAUUACAACGAUCGGUCCCUGCUCGGUGACGGAGAAGACGAAGACGACGACGACGAGGAAAACAUUCCCGGCAACCACCUCAUGGGGAACCGCCGCGGGCGUAGCAGCCGGCGCGCCACGGAGGACGAUGCCAAGUCCCACAUGUCGGAACUGACGGAAGAGCGAACCCAGAAACAAUUCGAUGCAGCCAUGCUGCUCUACAGCUCGAAUCCCCAGCUGCGGGCCGCCAUGACCGGGUCUCCCCGCAUGGCCGGGCCCCCCGCCAUUAUCGGAAUCGCCGAGGAAUCCGACCAAUCGAAUUCCGCCGGUCCUGCAAACUCGUCGUCCAAGCUGGACACGAUCGCCUCUGGCUCGAGGGGUUCCUCCCACCGGCCUCCCAGCAGCAGCGGGAAGGGCGCCCGCCGGGGGCGACGGGACGUGUCCCGGGAGCGCUUCGCCCUGGACCAGGGGGCACCUUCCGGCAACGAGGUCCCCCGGAGCAACCGGAAAUCGGGAUCGGAGAGGUCCCGGCAGGAGGGCGAAAAUAAGCUGUCGGUAGCCCAGAGGGCCAGGCUGGAAGCCGACCGGCAGUCGACGCCCGUCCGGGUCCGGCCCAACCAGACCCCCCUCCGAAACAACAAGCACAAACCGAGGGAUUCUCCGUCGGUGAAUUCCCAGAAUUCCAGCGGGUUCUUUUCCAGGUUCGGGAGGCGCCUCGAGGAGGCCGUCGACAACUCGGUGCUGGGAAUUCCCAGCGACGACGACGAUAGCUCUAGCGGGAGCGAGGGGUCGUCGUACGACGACGACGGCCGGUACGCGAGCUCGGCCGCCGGGACGGACGUGACCCCGAGGGAACGCUACGACCCGUCCCAUUCCGACGAAAAGAAGAUGCCCGACCAGGCCUCUGUGGGCUCGGCGGUGAGUCGUUUCGUUGCGUUGCGUUGUGUUGUGUUGUGUUUCGGUUUUUUGUUUUGUGUUCUUUUGUGUUGCGUGCCGCUGACACACCGAUGCACUUUCCUCUAUCGCUUUGUUUGUUUCUCUGUUUGCUUUUCAGAACGUGAGCCUGAGCCUCGCCGAUCGACAGGCGAUCCAGCGGGCCCACCAGCUCAAGUUCCUAAAGGAGCAGGGCCUGAUCAACAAGGAAUCCGAUGUUAGGGGCGGGGCGGGAGGCGACGCCCACUCGGUGAACUCGGGCAAGUCCUCCCGCCAGCGGCGGUCCUCCCCGCGCAUCACCUCCGUGUGAGCCCGGCACGGAUCGACAAUCCACACAAACCCGACAACGGAACGGUCGGUUCGAAUCGGAGCACGCUGUGCGGGGUCUUGAGCAACCACGGGUGGUUGGUUUGGCGUUGCGGGCCGCACCAUCGAUCGAUCGAUCGGUUCGUCCGCGAACGUGUGAUUUAGUGUAGGAUGCAUCGUUUUUUCUAGUAGUUUUCGUCUUUUCCCAACAGACUACGUAGUACUUGUAGUCGUGUUGAAUACGGUAGGCUCGACUACGAGUACUGGUAUCCGUUCUGUUGUCUACUCGUAUAUGUGGGUAUGUCGCGUACAAAGACUAGGUAUGAUGGAUACAGUGCGGUCACAAACCAGCUGUCGCACCAUACGAGUCCCGGAUCCAUACUUUUGGAACGGUCAUGCCGCAAAACAAAAAUAGAUCAAUCAAUGCCUCUCGAAAUGCGCCGUACGAGUCGUACCGUACCGUACGAUUCAUACCGGUACGGAAGGCAAAAGGCAUCGCAUCGCUGCGAUCAACAAACGUUGAAAAACAAAAGUCCUUUUUUUCGAUCCCGUCCUAUUUGAACACAGAAGGCAUUGUGUGUUUCUCUGGCUAGUCCGGUCUCUGGUUUGUCCCUCGCCGCCAGAACAACCCAAACAAAACGAAACCACCCAAGCAAGCAACGAAGAGCAGAGCAAUUUAAAUCCACGGCAAGCAAGGCUUUUUCGGCAAAACAAAAUGGCCGGCAGCAGAAGCAGCGGCAUCGACACGGGCCGUCCCCCGUCGUCGUCCUCCUCCUCCCUCCCCAUGGGCGGGGCCACCGACGACGCCGCCGGGCAGGCGGGCAAGGAUCGGCGAACCAAGGGCACGAAACCGAGAACAGGCCGCAAGCCCCGCAGCGGGAGCCGCAGCAAGUACCAAAAGGCGGGCUCCGGAAAAGGAGUGGUGGCCCCCGGGAUGGACCCGGCCGAGUGGAUCAAGAACCCGCGGGUCCUGCUGGUCCUGGCCUGCCUCUGGCCCCUCGCCGUCCUGGCCCUCUUUGCGGCGUCCUCCGGCGGAGGAAGGAAGGACCCCCCGGCCCUGUCCUCCCGGGCGAUCCUGUCGGAAAAGUCCCCCGGAAUGGUGGCGAUCGGGGGCGAAACCGAAAAAAGCAGAGGGGACCGCGGGCUCGGCGCCAGGGCCCCCCGGUUCGACUGGAGGGCCGCCCUGGAUCGGGUUGACGUGGUGGGAUACGGGCCGACCCACCCCCGGGUGGCCUUUGUGGUGGUGGGGGACACCGUUUCCUCCAUCGCCGAGAGCGUCGAGUCGGUCUUUGCCAAAACAGACCCCCGGCGGAUCUUUGUCGUCUGCGCGGUCCUGGACGGGUCCUCCCACCGGAUGGACAGCAGCUCGGGGACGGCAACGGACCGCAAGAAGGACCACGCGGCGCUGGUCAGGAAGCUCCGGAAGAUCGAGAAGGGCGGUAGGUCGAGAAAGCACAAGCAGCCAGCACAAGCAGCGCUGGCGUUGUGAAUGGCAUGGCAUGGCAUCCAUCACGACAUUCUUUUGUUUGUUUGGUGUCGCUCACCCUUUUUUUUUCGUUUCGAUUUUUUUUCUCGGCGCACCCCCACCCCCCACCUAUUGUCGUCUGCCGCACCGCAGGCGGCAAGCGCGGAACCCGCAAGAAAGACACGCACGCCGACGGCGACGACGACGGCGACGACGACGACGACGAAGAAAACGACCUCCACCCCCGCAAGACCCACGUCCUCUUCAACCACGAGAAGGAGCGCAAGGGCCUGGCGGCCUCCCGGUCCGACGCGGCCGAGUUCGUCCAGGUCCUGGCCCAGACCCACGAGUCCGCGGGCUUCAAGAACCCCAACGAGGACCUCAUCCUCGUCCUGGUCCAGGCCGGGACCCGCUUCCACCACCACACCUGGCUGGAAAAGGUCACCCCCGCCCUGGUGGUGGCGCCCCCGCUGCUGGGCCUCCGGGACCAGAGCCUUUCCACCAAGCUCGCCAACGCGAUUUCCUUCCGCGUCGAGGGCAUCGGCAAGCGGACCUCCCUCGACGCCCGCCUGCUGCCCUCGGUCGAGGACGCCCCCGCGGCCGACAUGAACCUCUCCAACGGGAACAGCGUCCCCACGCCGGUCCUGAACGGGGCCGCGGUCGCCAUGCGGCUCGACACCUUUGUCCAGCUGCCCAAGCCGGAGGUCCUUCCCCCCCUCCUUUCCGAUCCGGCGGCCGACCCGUGGGUGGCCAACCUCGAGCUCUCCCUCGGCCUCUGGCUCUGCGCCGACGGGAUCGACAUCCUGGAGGACGUCGAGGUGGCGCCCCCACCGGGGGGGAUCCUCUUCCCGCAGUCCCCCCUGGCCACCGGACCCGUCGCGAGGAUCGCCUCGGCCUGGAUGGCCGAGGAGGUCCUGGACCGCUUCUUCGGGGCCUACUCGGCGGCGGUCGAGGACGACGACCAGUACCGGGUGACCCGGCCGGACUGGGACAAGGAGGUCACCUUGAGCCGCCGGUGGAACGGAGAGAGCCCCGGGGAUCUCUACAAGAAGUGCCGGACCAUGGACUGGUACUUCGAAAAGGUCGUCGGGGACGCCGACCUCGUCCCCAAGCCGGACGAGGGAGCCGUCGGGGACGACGGUGGCGGGGACGACGGUGGAGAAGAAGAAGAAGAAGACCAGGGAGAGGAGGAAGGCCAAGAAGAAGAGGGAGAAGACCAGGAAGACGAAGACGCGGGAACGGACGCCCCGGUGGAGAACGAGGCGGGAAAGCACCGGGAAACGGAGGAGGAGGUGGUGGACCCCAACCGAAGGAAGCCCACCGUCCCCCUCCGGCCGGCCAACCUCGAGAUCGUCCGGUUGCCCAGGCAGGUGGACCUGGCCUACGUCGACGUUUCCAACGGCCACAGGGAACACCCCCACAUGCCCGCCCUCGAUGCGGACGGCGUCCCUGGGUACGUCCACGACGAGACGGCCCUCCGGAGGAACCCCCCGGCCCUCGACUAUCCGGGAUUGACGGCCGGCUGCGCGGAGCGGGACGACAACUACGCGAUGAUGCACGGGCGGAUCGUGGUGGAGCCCGAGGCAAACAACAAGGAAGACGAACGGCGGGACAAGAUUUUCUGCCUCGUGUACACGAUCGAGUCGGGGCAUCCCAAGAUCCCCGGCAUCCGGCAGACCUGGGGGUAAGCGAAAGGCAUCGUCGCAAAGCACCUUCGGGCAUGCGUGCAUGGACUCGUGGUUUUUUGGGUGGUUUGGUGGUUCUGACAAAGCAUUGUCUUGUUUGUGUUUUUUUGGUUUUUUCUUUUCUCUUCUUUUGGCGUGCUUCAGACCAAAGUGCGAUGGGUUCAUGGUUGGUUCCACCAAGACCGAUCCGUCGAUCGGAGCCGUCAACAUUCCCCACGAGGGCCCCGAAGAAUGUAGGUUUGUCGAAGGAUGCGCAACCGACACCGGUACUCUACCGGACCAUUCUGCUGCUCUCGCUCGCUCUAACGCUCCUUUGUUUGUGCUGUCCAUCCUUCUUGCUUAACUUUUCUCUGUAACGUUCCGAUGCGACUUUCCAACGCCACAGACGACAAUAUUUGGCAAAAGGUCCGAUCGAUGUGGAGUUACAUCUACGACAAUUACUACGAAAAAUACGAUUGGUUUCACAUUGGGUACGUCUGGAUAUGCAUUGCUUUGCUUUAUUGUAUAUACCGUAGUAUUAUUGUUUUGUUUUGUUUUGUUUUGUUUUGUUUUGUUUGGCUCUAUGUCUCUUCGUUUCUGGCUGCACCUUUCUGCCGUUCUUACCGUCCGCUACUGUCCUGCCACAUCAAAAUCCAUGCGCAAACCCCGAAACACGCAUUCCAGGGGAGACGAUUUGUUCCUCAUCGUAGAGAACCUCCGAUACUACCUGGAAAGCGAAGAAAUCCGCACUGCCGCCAACGGCGGAAUCUACCUCCCCGAAGGGAACGAAACCAAGCAGACCCCGCUGCUGCUGGGACGACGCUUUGCCUACCAGGGCGACAUGAACGACAUCUUCGACUCGGGGGGCUCCGGGUACACCAUGAACAAGGCGGCCCUGAAACUGCUGGUCACGGAGGGAUUCCCAAACUACUUUCCCCAUCGGAAAACCUUUUCGGAGGACACGAUGGUCGCCACCCUCUUCAAAAAGAUCGAUAACGUCCUGCCCUACGACACCAAGGACGAGGAGGGCGGGGAGCGGUACAUGCCCUUCCUCCCGGGGCACCACUACAGCUACCGGAUCCCCGACGACCCCACCAAGGACUGGUACGCCAUGUACUCGAUCGACAUCAAGGAGGGGCUGGAGCACUGCGCGCGCAGGAGCCUGGCCUUUCACUACGUCAAGGGCGACAUGAUGAAGCGGCUCUUUGCCCUCGCCUACGGCCUCUGCCCGAGCCGGUGAAGGAAGGAUUUCGAGAGAAGGCGUACGCACACCCAUACAUAAACGUUUAUAGCAGGA